AUGCUCUUUGUUGGUGCCAUUCUACUCAUCAGCUAUUUCAAAAAAUGCCUCGAUCGACUCAACCGAGGAUUGCCAGAUCCAGAAGCGGUAGAGGACCCUCAAAGAAAAGAGGAGCCCGACCGCGAAGACCAAAAGCGCACUCUUGAAGACCAGGCCCAAUUCGCUCUUGUCCCCAUGGAUGGUCUGGUCCGUGCCUCUUCCUGCCGCAAUCAAGAGCUCCGAGACGAGCGACAUGAAUUCUCUGUCAAGCUCGCCGAAGCAAGAAGGUCCAUGGCAGACCAGAAAAAUGUCAUCUCUGAACAGAAAGGCAUAAAUGCCGAAAGAGACUCCACGAUCAAGGAGCAAGGGGGCAUCAUUGCCGAAAAAGACUCCAAGAUCAAUGGGCAACAAGACGCUCUGGCCCGACUCACCGAAAUGUUGGAGAUCCUGCGCCAGAAGGAGGAGGAGAUGAAGGAGAAGGAGAGCAUCAUUGCUCGACUGAUGGAAGAAAAGCAGGCGGCCACGGAAAAAGCGAGCGCGCUUAGUGACACCAGGGAUCGCUUGACGACCCAACUUGAAGAGAAGAUGCAGGAGCUGCGCAAAGCGACUUAUUUCGACAAGGACCUCUCGCGUCGGAGGGAAGAGCAGCUUACAAAGCAAAACAAAAGACUACACAACUGCACCCUCCACAUCAAGGAUCUCAAGGCGCAGGUCCAGGGGCUCGGCCAUGUGCCUGUUUCACCACCAGCGGUGGGAGACGGGACUGCGCCUACGCCAUCUUCUUCUACAGUGGAAGAGGCAGAUCCUGUUGCAUCUCCUGUGACACCCUCCGCCGUCGCGUCCCCUACUGGCCCGCAAUCUAUGAUGCAGAGCCGCUGGGCAGAGGCGACGCCUCCAACCCAACCUGCUGCAUUUCGCGGUAAGGGGCAAGGACGGGGUCGAGGUGGAUGCGUUAGGGGCGGACGUCGACCAUGA